AUGUCUAAUAUGACAUUAUUUUUAACUAAAAAAUAUCAUGAGUUGGCGCAAAUUAGGCCAACUCUAUUAUCAAGAAUAUCAAAUCAAAUUCAUUAUAGGAAUAUGGCAUUAAUGACUAAUCGCCCAAUUCCACCUGUAAAAGAUUGUGCAAAAAUUACUCCACCUUAUGAAAAAUUAAUUCAAAAUUUAGCUUAUGUUCAAAAAAAAAUACUUAAGGACAGACCAUUAACUCUUUCAGAAAAGAUUUUAUAUGCUCAUUUAUGGAAUCCUCAUGAAUAUGAUGGUGGGAUUGUUAGGGGUGAAACUUAUUUGAAAUUGAAACCUGAUCGUGUUGCCAUGCAAGAUGCUUCGGCACAAAUGGCAAUUUUACAGUUUAUGCUUGCUGGAAUGCCUACAACUUCGGUCCCAUCAUCAAUACACUGUGAUCAUUUAAUCGAGGCAUUCCAAGGUGCUGAUAAAGAUGUCGAGACUGCUAAAUCUGUGAACAAGGAGAUUUUUGAUUUCUUACAAAGUACAUCCGAAAAAUAUGGUAUAGAUUUUUGGAAGCCGGGAAGUGGUAUUAUUCAUCAGAUUGUAUUAGAAAACUAUGCUGCUCCUGGUGGACUCAUGCUUGGAACAGAUAGUCACACGCCAAACGCUGGAGGGUUAGGCAUGGUCGCCAUUGGAGUUGGUGGUGCUGAUGCUGUUGAUGCAAUGGCGAAUAUUCCAUGGGAACUUAAAGCGCCAAAGAUCAUUGGAAUUAAGUUAAGUGGAAGAUUAUCUAAAUGGGCAAGUCCAAAAGAUGUUAUCUUACAUCUAGCCGGGAAAUUGACUGUUCGAGGAGGUACAGGACAUAUUAUCGAAUAUCUUGGAUCUGGGUCUGAAACUUUAUCAUGCACUGGAAUGGCCACAAUAGCUAAUAUGGGGGCAGAAGUUGGUGCAACGACUUCCGUGUUUCCAUUUAGCGAUAGCAUGUAUUCAUAUUUAACAGAAACAAGGCGACAUCAGGUUGCCGAAGAGGCAUUAAGAUAUGCUUCAUAUCUCAAAGCUGAUGGCAACGUACAAUAUGAUCAAUUUAUAGAAAUGAACUUAUCCGAGCUUGAACCUCAUAUUAAUGGACCUUUUACGCCAGAUUUGUCGACUCCACUUAGUAAAUUUGCUGAAGUAGUUGCAAAGAACGGUUGGAAAGAUGAAGUUAAAGCUGGUCUAAUUGGAAGUUGCACUAAUAGUAGCUAUCAAGAUAUGAGCCGUGUUGUAAAUUUAGCAAAUCAAGCAUUAGUUAAAGGAAUACAACCAAAGGGAGAUUUUUUUAUAACGCCUGGAAGUGAACAAAUUAGAGCCACGAUGGUAAGAGAUGGACAAACUGAAGUACUAGAACAAGUUGGUGGCAAAGUUUUAGCUAAUGCCUGUGGACCUUGUAUAGGUCAGUGGAAAAGAACUGGUAUCAAAGAAAACGAAGAGAAUGCUAUCCUUACUUCGUUUAAUCGUAAUUUUAGAAACAGAAAUGACAAUAAUCCUGGGACAAUGAAUUUCUUGGCUUCUCCCGAAAUUGUUACAGCUAUGAUAUUUGCUGGAAAAUUAUCAUUCAAUCCUAUGGUAGAUACUUUAAUAGAUAAAGAUGGAAAGCCAUUUAAAUUCCAAAUUCCACAUGGUGACGAAUUACCUCGUCAAGGAUUCGAAUCUGGUAACGAAGAUUUAGAACCAAUAAUUACAUUUGGCAAUUCAUCAACAGAGAUCACUAUAUCUGAAGAUUCCAAUAGGCUUCAAAAAUUAAAACCAUUUGCUUCAUGGCAUGGAGAUGAAUUUAAAGGAAUGAGAGUAUUAGUUAAAGUUAAGGGAAAAUGUACAACAGAUCAUAUAUCAGCAGCCGGGCCUUGGUUAAAAUACAAGGGACAUUUAGAAAAUAUUUCAAAUAAUACUUUAAUAGGAGCAUUAAAUUCUGACAAUGAAAAGGUUAAUGUUGUAAGAAACAUUUUAACUGGAGAGGAUGGAAGUAUACCAGAUGUUGCACGUCAUUACAAAGAAAAUAAUGUUUCGUGGAUAAUUAUAGCUGAUCAUAAUUAUGGAGAGGGAUCAGCAAGAGAACAUGCCGCGUUGCAAGUUAGAUACUUGGGUUGCCCAUUAAUUAUUUCUAGGUCGUUUGCACGUAUUCAUGAAACAAAUUUAAAGAAACAAGGAGUAUUACCUUUGGUCUUUAAAAACGAAAAAGAUUAUGAAUUAUUUUCUGGAGGAGAUAUAAUUGAAACGGUUGGAGUUGUUGGAUUGGAACCCGGUAAAGAUGUCAUUAUUAAAGUUAAAAAAUAUGGAAAUGGUAAUAAAUUUGAAGUAGUGACAAAACAUACUAUGUCAAAGGAUCAAAUUGAAUGGUUCAAAAUGGGUAGCGCUUUAAAUCUUAUUGCUAAUAAGCAAAAAGAAUGCUAA